AUGCAGUUUGAUCGUCAAACCUUAUCCAUUGCAAUGCGUUUCUUGAUGGCCAAAACUCCAGAGCAAAGGGCAGCUGUUGAUCUGGACACUCAUUACACACAGCUUAGGUUUCAUUCUUUUAUACCAUAUGAUAUGAUGAUGAUGCUUAUAUUAUCCAUUAUCCAAUCCUACAUACAGUUUGAACCUCACCCCAUGUAUCUAUGCAGGAAUGUCAGUUCACCUCAUUUUCAUUUUCAUUUUGUUAUUGAUUCAAUAGUGAACCCACCUGCAGUUGAUUGGCUAGGGCUUCCAGUUCAGUUUUGGGCUUUAUCUCUACAUUUCUAUUUAACAGUUUCAAGCACAAGCACAAGAAACAGAGCAUCUUUCCUAUCACUUUUAAGGUGUACAAUGUUGGAAAGGAGGCAACAGUUGUAUUGCAGCUUAAAGGUGAUUGUUCUCUUGGUUACCUCCAUAUCGUAUUACCAAACUAAAGGAAAUAGACAUCAAAUAUUAGCUGCUCACCAAAGAAGAAGGUUUAGAAGUAUACGAGGACAUGAUAUUGGGGAGAGAUUUCGAGGACAUGUGUGCUCAGAUGUAUUACAGGGGGGAAAUGUUUGGUUUUGUCCAUUUAUACAACGGGCAAGAAGUUGUUUCUCAGGGUUCAUCAAUCUGUUGAAGAAAGAGGAUAGUAUUGUGAGAACCUACCGUGAUCAUGUUCAUGCUCUAAGCAAGGGGGUGCCUGCUCGUGCUAUGAUGAGCGAGUUGUUUGGGAAGAAAACAGGGUGUUACUGUGGUCAGGGUGGAUCCAUGCACAUGUUCUCUACUGAACACAAUGUUCUUGGAGGGCUUGCCUUUAUAGGAGAAGGCAUCCUUGUUGCCACAGGUGCAUCAUUCAGUAGCAAGUACAGGAGAGAAGUGUUGAAAGAAGCAGAUUGUGAUCAUGUGACAUUGGCAUUCUUUGGAGAUGGGACCUGUAAUGAUGGGCAGUUCUUUGAGUGUUUGAACAUGGCAGCUCUAUGGAAAUUGCCUAUCAUAUUUGUGUGGAGAACAAUCUGUGGGCAAUUGGGAUGUCCCAUCUGCGUUCAACUUCAGAUCUAG